CACUGUGAAAAUGCCCUUGGCGUGAGCUGCGAAUUACUCGGAAGGGAUUAUGGGUGAAAUGAGAAAUCAAAAGAAAAAUUCUCCUCGAAACAUAAUUUUAUUGGCUUCUGGGUUUUUCAUCUAUUUUCUGCGUGUGAUGAUGCGAAAUGAAUGAGAAUAAGAAUGAAUUCGAGACCUUGGUAACCGCGCCAUGUUGCGAAAUUUACCGGUAAUAUUACAUGAUACUCAUGAUCAUCACGAAGAAACCACCUGAGAGUAAAUUGCUGACUGCUAUGUGAUUUAACAAACACUUCAUUCAAGAAAUAGAAGAAAUCAGUAAUAUUACCGCCCGAAAUUGAGGAAGUUAGAUUGUGAAUUUUGCAAUCUAAACCUUCAUGUGAAAAUCCAACAGGUGAUUUCACCUAAACUUCACUUGCGAGUAAACUACAUUGUAUAGUCACGUGUGGUGCUUCACUCUUCGGAUCGAUUUCAUCCACGGUUCGAGUUAACUUUGACUCAAGGACAGCCACAAUUAUUUUUAAACGCACUGACCUAUGCUUCGACGAGGUGUUCCUUUAACGUCGUUAAUCCAUAGCCUCCGACAAUUUCCUGGUGUUAUGUCCUCACAAGCUAAUAAUGGUUCACGAAGUCCUUGCCAUUGUAGGAAAUCGCAUUGGAAAUCCCCCAUAACAAGAGCACCUUCUUCAUGCUACCAAAACAAUAAUGAAGACAGGGUAAUUGACAAAUCAGGGGACUGUAGACCGAGAGAAAGAGGAGAAUUACAAUGGGAAAACCUAUCCGAAGAUGAGAAGAAUGUUUAUCUUGCUCAUAAAACUGCAUGUAUGAAUGGAGAAAAUGGUUACUUAGAUCCUGUAACUGGAUACAUGGUCUUCACCGAAGAAUUCCUCUCCAAACGGAAGACCUGCUGUGGAAAUGGCUGCAGACAUUGUCCAUUUGGUCACGAGAAUGUACCACACAGUCAGCGCAAAAAGAAAUUUAACUCAGCAUUUUAUGUCUAAAUCCAAAUAGAAAGUCAUGCAAUUAAUUAUUACAGAUAUAAUAAUGUAUACAGCUUCAGGAAAAGAUAUCUGUUUGAGACAAAUACUUCAUUUUUAAAAUUUGGAAUUUGCCUGAAGCAAUGUCAGUCUUAUGAAAUGAAAUUCAAUAAUUACAAGAUUAGCCUGAAGUGUCAUGGUUUUUCAUACUUUUUGCCUUCUUGAUAGUGGAGAAACUAUGAAGUAACCAUAAUUCAGAGGUUUUUCGUUACAAGGUUGUGGAAAUUGUAACAGCUGUCUUACGUAAACUCUUAAAUUAUAUAAUAUUAUUUUAAAAAUUCUUUCAAUUUUCUUUUAAGCAAUAAUAAUAUUUUUGUAUUUGUUACCAGUAUUUAUUUAUGUCAAUAUCAAACAUUCAAACUAAAAGAAAUACUUUAACAUAAUGUAUGUAUAUAAUUAUGUAUUUAUUACAUCUAUUUUGAAAU